AUGCCUCCUUAUCCCGCUUACACCCAUCAACGAGGCUCAUCCUCUUCUUCUGUUAUACCCGAUGAAGAUCUGGCAGCCACGAUUCCUCCAGAAGAUGUACCGGUUUAUCUGCAUCAUACAAUUGAAAUGCCAUCGGAACCCGUCACGGGCGACCUGGUGGGAAUCCCUCCGGAAACCGAAUGGGCAACGAUGUACUAUAACAUCUCUGAAAAGGAUGGUACCUUUUCCUUCAGAGUUGUCGGUAAAAGCCAUGGGGAUCAAACUCGUAAUAGAAAUCAAGACAUCUCUUAUCGAUGUGCUGAAAGAUUUGGACAGCUGGUCAACGAGCAAAUCAAUACGUUUAAAUCUUUUCACGGUACUCCUAUUCUUGGUGGUCGUGCUACAUCUGACUCUGGAGCGGAUACGAGGGGGAUAUUCGAACAUAACCAAUCUGAGGCGUGUAUUGGGGACUAG